AUGGACGGAGAUGUGUCUUCACACAGCCAGGAGGCUGAGAAGGAAACCACUCGGCUUUGGCGCACCUUCCGGACUGUCUAUGAGAUGCUCGCAGACCGAGGCUACGAAGUCUCCGACGACGAGCUGGCGAUCUCACUAGACGAAUUCCGCCAGAAAUACUCAGACCCCAUGGGAUACCCCGACCGCAACAAGAUGAAAAUCCAAGCCCGCCCCACCAAAAUCAUGGAAAUGAAAUACACCCUCAAAACCAAGUCGAACCCAAACCCCACACCCGACUGCGGUACAGUCUACGUCGACUUCUGCCCGGACGCCUCGGGCGUCGGAACCAAGCAAGUGCGCGCCUUCAACCACAUCGUCGGCGAAAGCAACUAUCACACUGGAAUCUUCGUCACGCAAACCCCGAUCUCGCCCUCUGCCGUCCGUCUGCUCUCCAGUCUCCCCAACCACAUCUGUGAGCACUUCCAGGAGCAGGAUCUGCUGGUCAACAUUACGCGCCACGAGCUGGUCCCCAAGCACGUCCUCCUCAGUCCCGAGGAGAAGGCGCGUCUGCUGGAGCGCUAUCGUCUGAAGGAGUCUCAGCUUCCGCGUAUGCAGGUCUCCGAUCCUGUUUCUAGGUAUCUUGGUCUGCGACGUGGACAGGUUGUGAAGAUUAUUCGCAAGUCUGAAACUGCUGGUCGGUAUGCCAGUUACCGAUGGGUUAUCUAA